ACUCCAACGAAAAUUCUAGAAAACUUAAAAAAAAAAAACCCUUCCUAUAUAUACACUCUCCUCCUGCCUCCAUCAAUCAAUUGUCUGUUCAAAAACUUUUGAAAAACUCUCAAUUCAAACACACUCAAAUCUCAAUUCUUAAUUUUUUCUGUGUUAAUUUUCGAGCUCUUAGAAUUUGGUGUUUGAUGGGGGGUAAAGGAGAAGGUCCUGCAAUCGGAAUUGAUCUCGGCACGACCUACUCGUGCGUCGGAGUAUGGCAACACGACCGUGUUGAGAUCAUUGCUAAUGAUCAGGGUAACAGAACCACGCCAUCUUAUGUCGCAUUCACUGAUUCUGAGCGUUUGAUUGGUGAUGCUGCUAAGAAUCAAGUUGCCAUGAAUCCCACCAACACCGUCUUUGAUGCAAAGAGGCUGAUUGGUAGGAGAUUCAGCGAUCCUUCGGUACAGAGUGACAUGAAGCAUUGGCCAUUCAAGGUAGUUGCCGGCCCGGCCGACAAGCCUAUGAUUGUGGUUUCUUACAAGGGCGAAGAGAAGCAGUUUUCUGCUGAAGAGAUUUCGUCGAUGGUUCUUGUUAAGAUGAAGGAAAUUGCAGAGGCUUUCCUUGGUUCGACUGUGAAGAACGCUGUUGUUACGGUCCCUGCUUACUUCAAUGACUCUCAGCGUCAGGCCACUAAGGAUGCUGGUGUUAUUUCCGGCUUGAAUGUUAUGCGUAUUAUCAAUGAGCCGACUGCGGCUGCUAUUGCCUAUGGUCUUGACAAGAAGGCUAGCAGUGUUGGUGAGAAGAAUGUGCUUAUUUUCGAUCUUGGAGGUGGUACUUUUGAUGUGUCUCUUCUUACUAUUGAGGAGGGUAUCUUCGAAGUCAAAGCUACUGCCGGAGACACCCAUCUUGGUGGUGAAGAUUUCGAUAACAGGAUGGUGAAUCACUUUGUUCAGGAGUUUAAGAGGAAGAAUAAGAAGGAUAUUAGUGGAAACCCGAGGGCUCUUAGGAGGUUGAGAACUGCUUGUGAGAGGGCAAAGAGGACUUUGUCAUCUACUGCUCAAACUACCAUUGAGAUUGAUUCUCUCUUUGAGGGAAUUGAUUUCUACUCAACCAUUACUCGUGCUCGUUUCGAGGAGUUGAACAUGGAUUUGUUCAGGAAGUGUAUGGAACCUGUUGAGAAGUGUUUGAGGGAUGCUAAGAUGGACAAGAGCAAUGUCCAUGAUGUUGUUCUUGUUGGUGGGUCUACUAGGAUUCCCAAAGUGCAGCAGCUGUUGCAGGAUUUCUUCAACGGGAAAGAGCUCUGCAAGAGUAUCAACCCCGAUGAGGCUGUUGCAUAUGGUGCUGCUGUCCAAGCCGCUAUUUUGAGUGGUGAAGGCAAUGAGAAGGUCCAGGACCUUCUGCUCUUGGAUGUUACUCCUCUAUCUCUCGGUCUUGAGACAGCUGGUGGUGUUAUGACUGUUCUUAUCCCAAGGAACACCACCAUCCCCACCAAGAAAGAGCAGGUAUUCUCCACGUACUCCGACAACCAGCCUGGUGUGUUGAUCCAGGUCUAUGAAGGAGAGAGAACUAGGACCAGGGACAACAACCUGUUGGGUAAAUUUGAGCUUUCUGGCAUUCCUCCAGCACCCAGAGGUGUUCCUCAGAUCAAUGUCUGCUUCGACAUUGAUGCCAACGGUAUCUUGAAUGUUUCUGCUGAGGACAAGACCACAGGACAGAAGAACAAGAUUACAAUCACCAAUGACAAGGGAAGGUUGUCUAAGGAGGAAAUUGAGAAGAUGGUUCAAGAGGCUGAGAAGUACAAGGCUGAUGAUGAGGAGCACAAGAAGAAGGUUGAGGCGAAGAAUGCUUUGGAGAACUAUGUCUACAACAUGAGAAACACAGUGAAGGAUGAAAAGAUCGGAUCAAAGCUGUCAGAGGCUGAUAAGAAGAAGAUUGAGGAUUCAAUUGAGCAGACUAUCCAAUGGUUGGAUAGUAAUCAGCUGGCUGAGGCUGAUGAAUUUGAAGAUAAGAUGAAAGAGGUCGAGGGUAUCUGCAACCCCAUCAUUGCUAAGAUGUACCAGGGUGCAGGUGCUGGUCCUGAUAUGGGCGGUGCUAUGGACGAUGAUGGUCCUUCAGCUGGUGCAACUGGCGCUGGCCCUAAGAUUGAAGAAGUUGACUAAGCUUCUUGAUUUAUCUAGUUUUGAGUUCUGUUUGUUUUAGUGUUUUGAUGUCUUUAGGAUGAUGAAAAAUUAAGACUUUGCUAAGAUGUUUUUGUGAAGCUUUUGUAAUUUCCUUAUGCGUUUAAUGGUAGUUUGCUGCAAUUAGCAGCUACAUUUUCA